AGGUGCUGCUGACAAUGACAGCAGAGAGCAGGAGAGAGUAGAGAGAGAGAGAGACCCCAGCUGAGCAUCAUCAGCAGAGUCGUCAACAUGGGGAACUUUUGUGACAUUAUGAGGAAUUUCUUUUGCGGGACCAAGAACACCAAUGUGCGUAUUAGUCUUCCGGCCGUCUGCUUUGUCUGGCAGAUAGCUAUGAUUGUGCUGUUUGGAGUUUUCAUCCGGUAUGAUGAGGAGGCAGACACACAUUGGGUAAAGCACAAAAAGGACCACAACAUCACUAGUGAUAUUGAAAAUGACUUCUACUUCAGAUAUCCCAGCUUCCAGGAUGUCCACGUCAUGAUCUUUGUGGGGUUCGGUUUCCUCAUGACCUUCCUGAAGCGCUACAGUUUCGGGGCUGUGGGCUUCAACUUCCUAAUCGCCGCCUUUGGUCUGCAGUGGGCUCUUCUCAUGCAAGGCUGGUUUCACUCCCUUGACCCCGCCACCGGGAAGAUCUACAUCGGAGUAGAGAGUCUGAUCAACGCAGACUUCUGUUGUGCCGGCUCUCUCAUUGCCUAUGGUGCCAUCCUGGGAAAAGUAAGCCCUGUCCAGCUGUUGGUAGUCACCUUGUUUGGCGUCACGCUGUUUGCCGUGGAGGAAUACAUCAUCCUCAGUCUCCUUCAUUGCAGAGAUGCUGGUGGCUCCAUGGUCAUUCAUGCCUUCGGAGGAUACUAUGGCUUGGCCAUCUCCUGGGUCCUCUAUCGACCAAACCUACACCAGAGUAAACGCCUCAAUGGAUCUGUCUACCACUCGGAUGUAUUUGCCAUGAUUGGUACACUGUUCCUGUGGAUGUUCUGGCCCAGUUUCAACUCGGCCAUCACAGACCACGGUGAUGGACAGCACAGAGCAGCCAUCAACACUUACCUUGCCCUCGCUUCGUCUGUGCUCACCACGGUGGCAAUCUCCAGCAUGUCUCAGAAGACAGGAAAACUAGACAUGGUACAUAUCCAGAAUGCCACCCUGGCUGGUGGUGUUGCAAUGGGGACAGCAGCAGAGUUCAUGAUCACUCCUUAUGGCUCACUCAUUGUGGGUUUUUGCUGUGGCAUCAUCUCCACCUUCGGCUACCUGUUCAUCACGCCCUUCUUAGAAAAGUAUUUAAAACUCCAGGACACAUGCGGUAUCCACAACCUGCACGCUUUGCCCGGGAUGCUCGGUGGCUUCAUUGGUGCCAUCGUUGCUGCAGCAGCCACUGAAGAAGUGUAUGGUAAAGAGGGGUUGAUCAACACAUUUGACUUUGAAGGCGAUUUCGCAAACAGAAGUGUUUUAACGCAGGGGGGCUUCCAGGCUGCUGGCUGCUGUGUGGCCAUUGCAUUUGGAAUUGUCGGGGGCGCAGCUGUUGGUUUUAUCCUGAGGUUCCCUAUCUGGGGCGACCCUGCCGAUGAUAACUGCUUUGACGAUGAAGUGUACUGGGAGGUCCCUGAGGAUGAGGAGGCCAUCCCCCCUGUUUUGGAGUACAACAACCACAUGAUUCACAAGCACCAAGAAAUAUCUGAGUCAAACUUCUCUGUGGAGCAGAGUUAAAGCUGCACAACUAGAGAUCAACCCCCUCGUAACACUUAGAACUUGAUACAACUGUGAGACAACACAGAGUAAUGAAGGAACCGUCCCUGAAAAGGGACAAUUCUGCAAGAGAGGAAACAUUUUUUGACACACAGGUCAAUUUCUCUCACGCCAUUAAAACCUAUGUUAUUAUUGAUAUAUUUGUCCGGCACCUUUUUCUGUUAUUGGAAGCUUAGGGGUUAUAACAACACUGCACAAAGGGGUGACCAAAUAUCUCAUGAAUGGAAAAAUAAAUAUGAAUUGAAACUGGUAUAAUUCUUGAACAAAAGUUUCAUCUAGAUUUACAGUUUUUUUUUAUUUUGGGUCAGAAGCUAUAUAUAUUGAAUCCAAACUGUAUGAUGAGAGGAUAAGGACAAUCUGUUUAUUUUGUAUGAGCUAAAUUAUAAUUGUUGUAAUUUGUAUGACUUCGUGGAUUACUGUCCAAAUCAGAUGGAGUAAAUCUCUCUGUACAAAAGUCUGAAGUCUUUCUAGCAAUAUUGAGAUGUUGAAUGUUAUCAUUUAUAAUGAUUGCAAAUGUAUUUUCAGAGUCUGUUGAAACAGUUUAUCUUGUGCAGAGGUUCUUGUGCUGCCAAAUUAAGCAGUUUUUGAAUUCUACUACCUACUGUAUUUCUUUCAAACUAUGUAUAGGUCUUUGUAAGUUGUAUAUUCAGAUAGAUUCCUCUUUAAGUUUUCUGUUGCAUGUAAAUUACUUGUUCUGAGGAUGGAUGUUUUUAGGAACUCUAAUACAACUAUAAUACAACUGUCAGCAGUUUGCUUGAUGUACUGUUGACUGUUACCUCAAAAACAAUAUUUGUGAUUGUGUUUCACAAUCUGCCUGUUGUAUUUUCGACAAAUUGAAAUGAAAUGUAAAUUUGAUUAAAAACGAAAGUUAUAUUGUCA